AUGGAUGACUGGAAACCACUUCUUGUUCUACUUUUUGUUUCCACCUUCUACUUUACAGAUGCACAGCAGACUGUGUGUUCCAGUGCGACUCUUGCAGAUAUGUUUCAUGUGGAUGAAUCCAGCAAAACUGCGUCAAAAAACUUCUAGCUGAUAAGGGCCUUUCUGUUAAAAAUUUUUAAUGCACUGGUUAUUGGUACAAGUAAUGUAAGAGUUGGGCUAGUGUUGUACAGUAAUAAGCCAAGGCUAGAGUUCACCCUGGACACAUUCAAGGAUAUAUCAGAAAUCCUGAAUUACUUGAAGAACUUACCAUAUCAAGGGGGGCAAACGUACACUGGAGCAGCCAUUGAGUUCCUGAGGAACAAAGUUUUUACUCAAGAAGCAGGCAGCAGGAAAAAACAAAGAGUGCAGCAAAUUGCUGUGGUCAUCACUGGCAAGUCCUUGGAUGAUUACAGUGAACCGACAUCUAAACUAAGACACAGUGUUACUGUCUAUGCCAUGGGCAUCCAGAAUAUUACAGAUAGCUACCUUGAUAAAAUUGCAAUUUAUUCCCCAAGGAAACAUGUCACCACCCUUAACCUUUUUCUGCAGGUGUCAAAUAUUGGAUGGAUAAAGAAACAGCUUUGUAAUGAGAUUGUGAGAAAAAUGUUUGUAGUCUCAUUACAGUUGUGACGUUUGAAAAAAGCUUCCCUGCUUAGAACCAGGCUUGGGGGUCAGGCUCAGGCAUUGGAGGUCAUGGUCAGGUGUCGAGGGUCAGAGGCAGAGGCCAGGGUUAGGGGUCCAAUAGCCCCCUUUGUAGUGCAUGGUGUUACAGACCUGCAGUUCAAAAAUGUGCAGCAGCAGCUAAUGGUAGCUAGUGACUUAAUGGCUGAGGUGGAUAAAGUUCAGUUUGGUGUUUUGGUCUGUAGCUCCAAGUGGGCGAUGCAUUUCUCUCUGAAUCCUAACUCCUCUGAGCCUCAGAGUCGAGAAGCAGUAUUCAGCUUGAAGCCUCUGCCAGGCCAGCCCUUUGCAGCAAGAGCUUUGAGCUUUGCCAGGCAGAGAUCUGGUGUGAACUAGGAUGGGCGUGCAUCUUUCCUUGCUGUCACCAGGAUCCUUCUUUGUACUGGUGAACCAGCUGUACCACUGGAUAGAGCCAGCCUUCCCAUGGUCGUAAAAGCUUUGAAGGGAGGUGGAGUCAACUUGACUGCUGUUGGAGUAAACAAAGCAAGCAGAAAAGAACUUGAAGAGAUUACUGUAGGUCAGGAAAGAUUACCCUUUGCACAGAGCUAUGAUGUGCUGCCAAUAAGAAUGUUAGGGAACUCUGCUUCUGCAGUGAAAAUGACAGGCAAGAUUUGCAGCAGUCAAGUGGCAGAUCUGGUAUACCUGAUGGACAGAUCAGAAAGCAUAUCAAAAAGUAACUCUUCUGUCAUGAAGACCUUCAUGAAGGAAGUUGUGGACAGCUUUAUUAUUUCUAGGUAGAAAGUACAUGCUGGAGUAAUCCAGUACAACCAAGAGCCCCAGAAAGAGUUUUCUUUUAAUGAGUUCUAUGCUCACACCAUGAUAAAGGAACAGAUCAACAGAAUCAAGCAAUUGCAGUCCUCUACAUUCACUGGCAAAGGGCUGAGGCUUCUUCAGAGCUUUUUUCAGCCUGCCAGCGGAGGCUGCAAGAGCCAAAGAGUAUCACAGAACAGAAUGGAGGAUGCAACAAUGGCUUUGAGAAGCAAUGGGAUCCAUGUCUUUGCAGUUGGCAUAGAGAUUAUAAAUUCCUUUGAGCUGUUUUUGAUAUCUGGUGAUGCAAGGAGAGUGUUCACAGUGGAAAACCUUGAUGCACUGAAAACCAUUGAGAGGAGUAUUGUCAGUCAGGUCUGUGAAUCUGAACAUCUCCCUGGUCAGGAUUGCAACAUAGAUCUUUCUAUAGCAAUUGAUAUUUCAAGACACACACGACCAGCAUCUACAGCACUUCUGACACAGAAAUUACAAGCAUUCCUCCCCAAGCUUUUACUCCAGAUGAAAUCGCUGCCAAAUACCAGCUGUCAUGCUGGUUCUCCGGUUAAUGUUAGUUUCAAGUUCCAAGUAUUGGCACAAACCAAACAAUUCAUCUUUGACUCUGACUUUGAAGACUAUAAUGCAGAGAUCAUCCAGAAUUUCUUAGAUGCACAGACGACUGUGGACACGUAUCUGAAUGCAGACUUCUUACAGGCACUUGAGGAGAAGUUCUUUAGUGUGACCUCUGCUGAAGUGAAGGUUCUGUUAGUAUUUUCAGAUGGGCUGGAUGAUUCGCUGGAAGAUCUCAGAAAAGCAACUGACUCCCUUCGCUUUAGAGGUCUUGAUGCGCUUCUGUUAGUUGGCCUGGACAAUACACAGAACAUGACUGAACUUCGGGAAACAGAGUUUGGCAGAGGGUUUGGUUACAACGAACCGCUGAGUGUUGGGUUUGCAGACAUUACACACAUCUUGCAGAGAAACCUUGAUACUAUUGCAGAAAGGAAAUGCUGUAAGGUGGUUUGUAAGUGCCUUGGAGAAAAUGGUGUUCAUGGUGGCCAGGGAGGUCCUGGAAGGAAGGGAAGUACGGGUUACAGAGGAUCUACUGGCCAUCCUGGUGAGGAAGGUGGAAUUGGGGAGAGAGGCCCUGUUGGUUUCAGUGGGACUCAAGGAGACAGGGGGUGUCCAGGUGUCAGAGGCCAGAAGGGGGCCAGGGGAUAUAGAGGAAGUCAGGGUGAACAUGGUGAGAGAGGAUUUGAUGGCACUGAUGGAGAACAGGGAGAAUGUGGAUUUCCUGGACCUUCUGGAGAGAAAGGCAACACAGGAAGACGGGGCAGAAAAGGACCCAGAGGAGAACCAGGUGAACGAGGAGAAUCUGGUCUAAGAGGAGAUCAUGGAGAUCCUGGAACUAGCAAUAAUGUUCCUGGUCCUAAGGGUGAAAAGGGAAACCCAGCACAGCAGGGAGACCCAGGACCACGUGGCCUACAAGGAGAGCAGGGUGGUGCCGGCCCUGAUGGUGCAGCAGGUCGAAGAGGCCCUCCAGGUGUAAAGGGUGAGCAAGGAGAUCUGGGGGAAGCAGGUUACCCAGGAGUCUCUGGUCUUCCAGGCCCACAGGGCCCAAGAGGACUACAGGGGAUCAGAGGACCUCCAGGACCACAAGGCAUGCCAGGCCCUCUGGCUAGUCUGGGGGCCCCAGGUUCACCUGGCUCUGUUGGGAAGUUAGGUGCAAGAGGAGCAAAGGGUGAACCUGGUGACCCUGGAGAGAAGGGCCUAGUGGGACCAGCUGGACAGAGAGGCAUGCCUGGAAUGGAUGGCAGAGAUGUCUACGGUCCUGAAGGAAGCAAAGGAGCAAAGGGAGAAUCUGGAUUCAUAGGAUAUCCUGGUCCAGAGGGAGAAGAUGGAGACCCGGGCAUUCCAGGAGCUGAAGGACCCAAAGGAGUUAGGGGCAGAAGAGGUAAUGCUGGCACACCAGGUUCCCUGGGAGAUCCGGGAGACCAAGGGCCAUCAGGACCUAUGGGUGUCAAAGGACCAAUGGGCACCAUUUUAAUGGAACCUUGUGAACUUGUGAAUUUUACACGAAAAAACUGCCCUUGCUCAUCAGACACAUGUCCAGUUUAUCCAACUGAAGUGGUGUUUGCCUUCGAUAUGUCUGAAGAUGUUACGCCAGCUGCAUUUGAAAGAAUGAGGAACAUCGUUAUGUUGUUGCUGAAGAGCGUUAAGAUCAGUGAAAGCAAUUGCCCAACAGGCGCUCGUGUCUCCGUUGUUUCUUUCAAUACCAAUACGCGCUAUCUCAUCCGAUUCUCAGAGUUCCAAAAAAGCAACUUGCUGCUACAGGCAGUCCAGAGAAUACCACUAGAGAGAUCCACUGGAAAACGUAAUAUUGGGGCAGCCAUGAGAUUUGUUGCAAGAAAUGUCUUCAAACGUGUUCGUCAGGGCAUCCUCACAAGAAAAGUUGCCCUAUUUUUUGCCAAUGGUCCAUCGCAGGAUGAUGUUGCCAUCAGCACAGCUGUACUUGAGUUGAGUGCCUUGGAUAUCACUCCAGUGGUUAUUGCCUUCAGUCAAGUGCCAAAUGUCAGACGUGCCUUCUCAAUUGAUGAUACUAGAAGAUUUCAAUUAUUCGUUUGGGAAAGACAACAGGAUGAAAGUUUGGAGAGUAUCACACAUUGUACACUUUGCUUCGAUAAAUGCAAACCAAGUACCAACUGCGAGAUGCCCUUUUCACCCCCUGUUCUGAUGGAUAUGGAUAUCACUUACAUCAUGGACAGCUCUCACAGUGUCAGCAGUGAAGAGUUUCAGAGAGCCAAAGACUUUGUGAGCAACAUGUUAGAUCAGUUUGUUGUUUCCUCACAGCCAAACGAAUCGUACGGAGGCAUCAGAGUGGCACUCGUGCAGCAGGCUCCAAGGGGCUUCCUGCCUGACAGAAACCAGACCCCUGUGGCCUUGGAGUUUGAUCUCGUCACAUACAGCAAUAAAGAUUUGAUGAAGAAACAUAUCCAAGAGUCUGUUCACCAGCUGGAAGGACCGUCAGCCAUUGCUUCUGCCCUACAGUGGACAGUUGAAAAUGUGUUCUUUAAAGCCCCCAGACAAAGAAAACACAGGGUCAUAUUUGCAAUAGUUGGAAGCAAAACAAGCAUGUGGGACAGAGAGAAGCUGGGAGAGAUUUCACUGGGAGCCAAGUGCCAAGGGUUCACCUUGUUCACUCUUGCGCUUGGCAAUGAUGUGAGUGACAAUCAACUGAUGGAGCUGUCAAGCUCCCCCACAGACCAGCACUUACUGAUGAUGGGCAGGGUUUCAACAUCUGAGAUGGUGUACGCUCAGAGAUUUAUCCGGGCAUUUCUAAAUCUUCUACAACAAGAAAUGAACAGUUAUCCUUCAUCUGAACUUCAAGAAGAGUGUGAAAACUUAGAUCAGGGAGACACACAACAGCAAGUGUCUAUUAUUGAAAGAAUGCCUUUUCCUGGAACUGAGGAAUCUGGCUACGGUACUCUUUUAGAAGACAUUGAGAGAACUGAAAGUAGAGUCCUGGAGAUUAUUAGAGAGACCACCACAGAACCUAUUUACACAAUGCCAGAAAUGAGAUAUAAUUAUAAGGAGAAUGAGUAUUUGACAGAGGAAGAUGCUGAAGGAGAAAAGCCCCAAGAGUAUGGAGAAGCUCAGGAGGAGAACAAGGAAAACUUAGAGGCAACAGUAGAAACUAGAGCUGCCUACAGUGAUUAUGAUGCAUGUGACCUGGUUCAAGAUAGUGGAGAAUGUCAGAAUUAUAUUCUGAAGUGGUACUACGACAAAGAGCAGAAAAUGUGUGGUCCGUUCUGGUAUGGGGGCUGUGGAGGCAAUAAAAACAGAUUUGAAACACAAGAAGACUGUAGAUUCUUGUGUAUAGAGUCUUCCUAG